UAACAAGCACUGAAGCAGAACUCAUGUUACGUUUGUUUAGUGUGGCUUGAGGAUUUCGGGGGGAUCUGCGAUGCGACUUCCCAUUGAAACACGUAAAUUUUACUCGUCUUUGCUCAACAUUCAUGCAAUUCAUUGAAAAUACGAACUAAGCUUUAGAAAUGGCGUCCGCCAAUAUAUGUUUAUGUGCAAUGUGUGGUUUGCCAGCUUCAGGAAAGACAACUCUUUGCCGACUGUUGUCAGAACUCGCGACCGUGAAAGGUAGCGGUGGUGGAUGCACUGGCCCUGGAUGUGCAAUUGCUAUUGUGCACGUUUGUUACGAUACAAUCAUUCCACGGAAUCUGGACCAAACAAUUCAGGUCGUUGCAUCAGACUACCGGACGCAGAAACAUUCUCUCUGGAAGGAAUACAGACAUCAAAUAGUGAAAUGCUUAGAUUUCAUUGUUGGAGAACUGACAGAGAAAGACAGAACAUUACAUCAAAUAAUUACAGAUCUUCAAUGUGGCAAUGCCAUCUCUACAACCAAUGUCAACCAAGAUAUUUCAGCUGUACAGAGAGAAGUAUGGCUGAAGGUAGUUGGAUGCUUAUCAGAAGCAGCAGCUAGAGUGAACGGCGGAGAGAGCAAUCUGAUCUUCCUUAUUGAUGAUAACAUGUUCUAUAGGAGUAUGAGAUACAACCUGUAUCAACUUGCUCGCAAGUACUCAACUGGAUUUUGCCAAAUUGGAUUUGAAUGCAGCACAGACAUUGCCAUUGAAAGAAACGCAAAAAGAAAGAAUGGAAUUCCUGAAGAAACCAUCGUGACCAUGGCGACUAGACUUGAGCAACCUGAUGCAAGUAAAGCACCAUGGGAAGUGAACUCUAUCCUCAUUGAUGCUGAUGAAGAAGUUAACCAUGGUAUUCUUGCACCUGUAUGGAUGAUGCUGCAGUCCUCUUUCCUCACUCCUGUUCCACCCCUCAUUGAAGAAGACGAAGAAGCAAAGGAACAAAGCAGAGCUGAAUGUGCUGCUAGUCUUCUCCACCAGGCUGACCAAGUUCUGAGAAAGUGCAUAUCUGAAACUUUGGCUACAUCAAAAGGGAACCUGACCAGUACUGAACGUAAAGAUCUGGCCUCGGAGCUAAACCAAGGCAAGGCAGCCAUACUUGAUGAGUUGAGGAGAGGUAGUCUUUCUCCCCCUGAUCUUCCUCAUGAGAACCGGUCAAGAGAAACCUUUGCACACUUCUUCAAAGAAUGUCUAAAUAGCAAGCUAGUGAAGUAAAUUGUUUAACAGAUAUCUUUGGAAUUAUCUCCUAAGGCUGAUUCAUGAGGGAUGUUCUUGUACAUACAUGCAAUUGUGGUUAAUACAGGUAAAUAUUGGUUGCUUGAAAAUCAAUUAA